AUGGGAUCGAUCGUGAAGCCAAUCUUUGGAAAAAACUUCAGAACAUUUGGAUCAAACCUUGCAGGUCUGUUCUUCAUCAUUGAAACCCUCAGGAGGUACUUUCCUCGCCAGAUCAAGAUCACGAUCCAGCAGUUCCUCUUCCAUGCAAUCCAACAGUUACCCCUUUUCAAGAAAUCUUCGGACAAGAUCCUAGCCUUGCUCUCGCCUUACACUCAGAUCAGGUUCAGAGAAAUCGAGGAGUACAGAUACAACUACGCUUACGCAGCCAUCAAGACCUACCUUGGUGCAAAAGUUAACUCUGAAGUGAAGAAUCUCAAGGGGACCCAGGUGAAGGAUAGCAAGUCUGUGGAUUUGAAACGGGACGAUUCUCUAAUCGAGGAGGAGUAUGAAGGUGUGAACAUGUGGUGGGAUCUGGUAAAAUGUCCUAAAGGAAUCAACAUCUGUAGUCUUACUUUCCAUAAAAAGAAUUGGGAAGUUGUGACUGGUUCCUACUUAAGUUAUGUUGUGGAAGAAGGCAAAUCGAUCCAGGCGAGGAAGGAGAAUGUUAAGCUGUUUACGAACAAUCCAAGUACAAACUGGAAGUUGCAGAUGAAAAAUCUAUGGAGCUGCAUUGAUUUCGAGCAUCCGGCGACGUUUGAGACAAUGGCGAUGGAUCUUGAGAAGAAAGAUGAGAUCGUGCGUGACCUUCUGGCGUUUAAAGACGGCCAAGAGUAUUAUAACAAGAUUGGGAAAGCUUGGAAGAGGGGCUACUUGUUGUACGGACCUCCCGGUACAGGUAAGUCCACGAUGAUCGCGGCUAUGGCGAACCUACUGAAGUACAGUGUCUAUGAUCUUGAGCUAACUUCGAUAGAGAACAACUGGGAGUUGAAGAAGCUGUUGAUAGCGACAACUAGUAAGUCGAUCAUUGUGAUUGAGGAUAUAGACUGUUCCGUGGACCUCACGGGAGAGAGGAACGUGAAAGAAGAGAGCAGCUCAGAGAGCAAGCGAGAGAAGCAGAAGACGAUUACACUCUCGGGGUUGUUGAACUUUAUAGAUGGGAUCUGGUCAGCUUGUGGGCAGGAGAGGAUACUCGUGUUUACAACGAAUCACUUGGGGAAACUUGACGAAGCCUUGAUCAGAAGAGGUCGGAUGGAUAUGCAUAUAGAGCUAUCUUACUGCACAUUUGAUGCAUUCAAGAUUCUUGCCAAGAACUAUCUGAAUCUUGAUUCGCAUCCCUUGUUUGCAAAGAUUGAGUCUCUGCUGAAAGAAACGAAGAUAACACCUGCUGAUGUUGCCGAGAAUUUGAUAGUGAAAGAUACUGAAUCCGAAGCUGAUGGAUCACUCGAGGGUCUGAUCCGAGCUCUGGAGAAGAUGAAGCCGAGCCAAAAGGGUAAGGCCGAUAAAUAA